ACCAGGGCCAGGACACGAGGUACCUGUAUGAUUUUUGAUUCGUAUUUGUGGAUGAAUGCUGUAAAUAUGAGCCAAGAAGAUUUCAAAGAAAGCCACCGAGGCGUGCAAGUGAAUUAAUUUGCUUUUAGACAACAUGUGGCCGGUUUGCAGCCUUUUGCAAGCAGGACCAUUAUUUCUUUCCCAUGCCAAAGGCUGACUGCGUUUGCCCUCCUGCUUUACUCCUGCCGUGGAGGAAAUUUAAGCAAGAACAUGUAUAGUGAAUUGCUAAAUUCAACCAGUGCCACUGAAGCUCAUCUAAUCAUUCAGACCAACACCCCCUACCUGGGCAGCACCCCGAGACCCGUGAGCUCCUCUGCUCUUUACAUGUCGACAGCCAGGGCGUUGAAAGAAGGGGAAAUAAAUAAGCCAGACCUGGUGACUUACAUCAUUCUGUUUUUCUUUCUGCUCUUGACCGUGACAUUCAUUGUGCUCUUCAUCAACUGCCAGCUGAAAAAUUCUUUCUUUGCCACUCUUCCUUACGACAGAUCGCUGAGGGAAGCGAGGAGCCCGUGGAGGACACAAGCUGUCUGACACCUCCCCGCCCGGCAGGAGCGGGCACCGCGCUCCCUGUGACACGAGGAGUCAGUGCCAUGUGCCAGCGAAGGGAUGUG